CGACGUCCUGAGGGGAAGAACAGCAAGGCUGCAAAGUUGAAUAAAAACAGCUCAGGAUGAUAAGGAAGGGAAAGACCCCACGCCGACCUCCCCCUAAAAAACCAUCGAACAAUCAAAAAGAUCCUGUCGGGGUUUACUGCCGUGUGCGCCCACUAGGUGCAGAAGAUGGAGAAUGCUGUGUUGAGGUGAUAAGUAGUACUACCAUCCAGUUGCAUGCGCCCGAUGGGCUCAAAGCCAACAGAAAUGGCGAAUUCAAAGAGACUCAAUAUUCCUUCAAGAAAGUAUUUGGAAUUAAAACAACACAGUGUGAAUUGUUUGAAGACGUUGCAAAACCCCUUGCCGAUGACCUAAUUCAUGGAAAAAAUGGUCUUCUCUUCACUUAUGGUGUGACUGGGAGUGGGAAAACCUACACAAUGACUGGUUCCCCAGGCCAAGGUGGACUUCUCCCACGCUCACUAGAUAUGAUUUUCAACAGCAUUGGACCUUUUCAGGCCAAAAGAUUUGUUUUUAAACCAGAUGAUAAAAAUGGUAUGGAAGUGCAAAAUCAAGUAGAUGCUCUUUUGGAGCGACAGAAACGAGAGUCUCAACAAUCUGUACCAAAAACUCCCUCUUCCAGGCAAAGAGUGGACCCAGAGUUUGCUGAUAUGAUUAACCCAGAUGAAGCUUGUAAGGCUGAUGAUGUGGAUGAGGACAGCAGUUACAGCGUGUUUGUCUCCUAUAUUGAGAUUUACAAUAACUACAUCUAUGAUCUGCUAGAAGAGGCGCCAAUGGACCUCAUAAAGCCAAAGUGGAAUGGUGCAGGGACACCUCUGCGACACAACACUGAGUUCAUACCACCACAAUCUAAAAUUUUGCGGGAAGAUCAAAACCACAAUAUGUAUGUGGCUGGAUGCACUGAGGUGGAAGUCAAGUCAACUGAGGAAGCAUUUGAAGUCUUUUGGCGAGGUCAGAAGAAGCGCCGGAUUGCAAACACACAGCUGAAUCGAGAGUCUAGCAGAUCACACAGUGUCUUCAUCAUCAAACUCGCCCAGGCACCACUGGAUGCAGACGGAGACAAUGUUCUGCAGGAUAAGAACCAGGUGAAUGUGAGCCAGCUGUGUCUGGUGGAUCUGGCUGGCAGUGAGCGCACAAGUAGAACUCGUGCAGAGGGUAGCCGCCUUCGGGAAGCAGGCAAUAUCAAUCAGUCUCUAAUGACUCUCCGCACGUGUAUUGAAGUUCUGAGAGAGAAUCAGAUGUGUGGCACUAAUAAGAUGGUCCCCUACAGAGACUCUAAAGUUACCCACCUGUUCAAAAACUAUUUUGAUGGAGAAGGCAAAGUCAGAAUGGUGGUUUGUGUCAACCCCAAGACUGAUGAUUACGAAGAAACUAUGCUGGUGAUGCGGUUUGCUGAGAUGACUCAGGAGGUGGAGGUGGCUCGGCCUGUCGAUCGGCCCAUCUGUGGCUUCGCUGCGGGCCGCAGACAGCGGAACCAGGCCUUCAAGGAGGAGCUGUCUCGUCGGCUAGAGGAACGUGGAGGUCCAGUAGAUGGAGAGCCUCCUGCAGCCCUAAACCAGCUGCUGCAGAGCUUUCCUCCAUUGCCUGCCAGUGAGCUCUCUGACCCCAAUGAUGAUCACACAAUUCCUAGGCUCAUAGAGGCUCUGGAAAAGAGGCAUAGGAUACGGCAGAUGGUGACUGAGGAUUACAACAAAGCUGCCAACAUGCUCAAGUCUAUGCUCCAAGAUCUGGAUGGCAACCUCAUGUCCAAAGAAAACUUCAUCCAAGAUCAGCGAGGCCGACUGGGUGAGAAAGACAAAAUGAUCCAGAACCAGAAGAACGAGAUUGAUCGGCUAGAGAAGAAAUCCAAGAUGCUGGAGUACAAGAUCGACAUCCUGCAGAAGACUACCAACAUCUAUGAGGAGGACAAGAGAGCACUGCAGCAUGAGCUGGAGAGCAGAGACCACAGGCUGCAGCGUGAGGUCUCUGAGAAGAAGCGCAUGGAGGUGCGCAUGCACGGCCUAGUUACUGACGAGAAGCUCAGGUGGCAGAAGGAGUGUGAGAGGCGUGUAAAUGCCAAGGAACUGGAGAUGCAGAACAAGCUGUGGGUGAAGGAUGAGAAGCUGAAACAGCUCAAGGCUAUCGUGACGGAGAGCAAGACGGACAGCCGGCCGGAUCAGCCCCAGCGGCCUUCCAGAGAGAAGGAUCGAGUGCCUGCCAAGAGAUCAGCCUCGCCCUCACCCGUGCCCAAAUCUUUUACUUGCCAGGCUCCAGUAUGGCCCCUCCCUCAGGCACUCAGGCCAGCCCCCCUCUCCCUCAGCACCAGCAGCAUGUCUGUGGCCUCCUGCAUCUCCGAGUGGGAGCAGCGGGUGCCGCAGACAGACAGGCAGGGCAGCCCCUCCCCUCCCCAUGGUAGGAGCAGAGCUCAGGGCCCCCCCAGCAGUCUUAGUAGGAGGAGAGGCAGGUGUUGGGCCAGAGACUGCGAGGUACCCGUCCAGCCAGCAGAUGUAGGCCUAGAAGAGGUUGGUUACAGGACUGGGCCUCCGGUUCGACCUAUGCACAGGCGCUCGCACUCGGCUGGAGCCGAGAGAUGGGUUGAUCACAAACCCUCCACUAAUGUGGAGCUGGACACGGUUAUGCAGCCCAGUGUAGCCAACGCCAUCAAAGUGAGUGCUCCCAGCGAGAAGGCCCUGGCCAAGUGUGACAAGUACAUGCUGACACACCAAGAGAUGGCCUCAGAUGGAGAGAUUCAGACCAAACUCAUCAAGGGUGAAGUUUUCAAAACUAGAGGUGGAGGACAGUCAGUUCAGUUCACUGAUAUUGAAACACUAAAACAAGAGAACCCUCUUGGCCCAAGUCGUAAGAGGACAUCAUCAGAGACUGGACCAAACCAGGAAGAGUGCAAGGAUGGGUCCUGGACUGAUGUAGAGACCAGGUGUGCUGUGGCUGUGGAGAUGAGGGCUGGCUCAAACUUGGGGCCUGGUUAUCAAAAUCAUGGCUACUCAAAACGUAGAAAACCUUAAGACCUGCCACGGCAUUGGCAUCACAGUCAAGAGUCCUUUCCUCUUGAAACCCCUCAUUACUGUGUGCAAUACUCCAAUAUUAUUUAACUUUUUAAAGAAUGCUUUUUUUAAAAAUACCUUUAUUAUAUAUAUAUAUAUAAGCCUGUACAUAUGUUCACCAAUUUGGUUUUGUAAUGUGUUUUCUACUUCAGUGUUACUAUCAAAUUCAUAGUAAUCAUGAACAUGGGGUUGUUUGAGACAGACGGCUUUGGUGAAUGCUUUUUUUCCUCCUCUCUGAAGUAUUGAACACUUUCUUGAAUCUUGGAGGGGGGGGGGUGUUUUGUUUUUUUUGUUUUUUUGUUUUUUGUUUUUUUUUGUCAUGUAGGGUAAAUGGCAUUUACUAGUCAUGAUUGCUGAGUGCAAUCCCAAUUGUAGUAGUAUACUUGGAGCACUGUGUUUUCACUUAUCUUGAUGCUGACCGUCAGAACAGAACUGAACGCCAUAGCACACAACUGUUAAUAAACAGCAUUUG